AAAUAGGCUGAGUGCGUGUAUUUACGCAUGAUGUUCUCGCGUUUCGUAACAGUUUCAUAAGUUUUAAAAAUGGGGUGGGGAUAAUCUAAAGUGUAUACCCAAUAAUUUCAGACUUCUCUGAUUAAUCAUGAAUGCAGUUAUUCGAAUGCACUCGGCGUUGAUGCAAAAAUACCCAUGGAAAACAGUCGCCUUUUCGACGGGUUUUGUUAUGUCAACUGGAGAUGCCAUUUCCCAGAAAUUUGUUGAGAGAAAUGAAAAAUUUGACUGCAAAAGAUAUGUUCGAUAUUGGGCUUUUGGGGUGAUAAUUGCUGGUCCUCUUUUCCAUGGAUGGUAUAUAAGACUGCAAAAGAUUUUUGGGAAGUCUAAGUUGGCACCAUUCAAAAUGGUUGCUGUUGAUCAGCUGGUGUUUGCGCCUGUCUUCCCUCCGUUUUUCUUAGGAGUCAUGGGAUUAAUGAAAGGAGAUUCUUUUUCUAUCAUAAAACAAAAAAUUCAAAAGGAUUAUCUGGAUAUUCUCACCAGUUGCUGGUCGGUUUGGCCAGGUGUGCAGUUUGUGAACUUCCUGUUAGUGCCCAUCAGUCACAGGGUUCUAUUUAACAACACUAUAGCCCUUGGCUGGGACACCUACCUAGCCUGGAAGGCUGACGCCUCCAAACAGGAGUCCACCAACACCCUGGUCCGGUCUAAGUCCACCGACACCCUGGUCCGGUCCAAGCCCCCUGACACUCUAGUCCGGUCCCUAGAGACAACCGUGGCCAGCCUGCCAGUCUGGGGAGACGCGCCCACUAACCAGACCUCCAUGUUUGUGGCCCUCUCCCCAUAGCAUGGCCUCCGUCACUGGUGUACUCAACGUUCGUUGCCAAAGUGUGUUCAUAUUGGGUUAUUUUUUGGCUCCACACCAAUAAUGACUAUUUGUACAUACAUGUACAGUGUAUCCAUAGUAUAAGAAGCCUGUCCUAGGAACUGUUGUACUGAGUUCAUACUUUGCUGUUGCCUGAUAUUAUGAUGUUUGUUGCAUCUUGUGUAACAUUGGACUGGUCAGACAGUCUGUUUUGAGGGAUGUUUUAAUCCUCAGUUUGUCUUGAGGAAUGUUUUAAUCCUCAGUCUGUUUUGAGGAAUGUUUUAAUCCUCAGUCUGUUUUGAGGAAUGGUAUUUAAUUCUCGGUUUGACUGUGUCCUUGACUUAAAGUCGAAGAAAAGCAUGUGAUAUUAAAUAACCAAUGCCUCAUAUAUUGUGUCAUGUUUCUAUGUUUAAAUAUAAUAUAUAAAAUCAUAAAUUUUUACAUUCAUUUUCAUUUUAUUUAUUAAUUUUAAUUAAAAAAAAUAUUCUUACAUUCAGAUGCUUGUCUGUGUAAAUAUUCCUUCAUGUUUCCAGAAUUUAACAUUUGCAUGUACAUGUAUAUAUCUACUUAAAGUUGCUUGUUACCUCCAUUCUUUCAAACUUUUGGAGUUUGGAGUCCAAUGAUGCAUUUACUUAAAUUAUGUUGCAUAUAUGUUCUAGUUCAAAUUACGUUUUUUGUUUUAUUGUGACAUACAUAUAUGAUUUAUGCAAAUAAAAUUACAAUUUUU